GACCCAAGUCGACAACGGCCGAGCUGCGCGAUAAGAUCAAGACUAGCUACUGACCGCCCUACACACCGCCCGUAGAUAAAAAAUUGAUAUUAUCCAAGGAAUCACUCUCAGAAGGCCGACAAUCAUCAUUCAGAAGAUGGACGCAACUAAUUUAUUGCCGCUGCUUGAGCAGCUGGACGAUCAUGUCGAUGACCUGGAAGAAGCUCUGGGACCUGUCUUGAAUAGUGCCAUUACUGACACGUCAAAGAAACUUCCUGUGUUGGACAAGGCAAAGUUUCACGUUCUGAUUACUUACGCUUUGGAAUCUCUCAUAUUUUCUUAUUUACGUCUCCAUGGCAUCAAUGCUAAAGAGCAUCCUGUGUUCCGAGAACUAACCAGAGUGAAGCAAUACUUUGAGAAAAUUAAGGCGCUAGAAGCAGAGCCAGAGCAGCGGACAUUGACACUUGACAAGCAGGCUGCAAGUCGCUUCAUCAAGCAUGGUCUUGCCGGAAAUGACAAAUUCGACAUGGAGCGCAAAGAACAACAAGCGAAGGAGAAGGCACGUGCCCAGUUGAAGGCAUCUUUAUUAGCCAAAAAGGCCGUAGCAGCAGCACCUGAGAGCUCAUCGAAGAAAUCUGCGGACGUUUCCGCAUCUGGCUCAGACAGUGAGUCCGAUGGCGGUGAAAAAGAGAAGGCAACAACACAGUCCGGAGAUUCGGCAAAGAAGAGCAAAGAGAAGAAAGCAGAUAAGGCUGUCAAGCGUGAGUCUGCCAAGAACAAGAAGAAGCGCACCAAGGAUGAUCGCAAAGAGGAGAAGAUGGAACGGAGAAAGAAGAAGCAAGAAUCCCGGAAAGCAAGGAAGGUACAAUGAACAACUUCAAACACUGCACUAUAUCGUCUGUCAGGGCCGAAGAGGAAUUCCUGUGUCUUAGGUAUGAUCGGCUGGUUCCGAUCUUUGAGUUUGCUUGAAGUCUCGAUGAGCCUUCAUUGUCGCAAAAUGCGUACGUCCCAGCACUGCUGUGCUUCUCGCCAGGUAUAUGGUAGAGGCGCUUCUAUUGAAUUUAACAGUGACUUCCUCAUCCCAUCAUACCACUUGGGGCAGUCUGUUGCGAUAUACGUAUCUACAUGAACGAACGACGUGGAUACCCCAUACACCGCACACACGAGUCGCAGGAUGAAACCUGUCUCGUAUAGCGAGUGAUCUAACAAUGAUCUAUUGGGAAUAUGCCUGAACUGGCUUAUGUAUGAACCUCUGGGAAAAUUACAUAGUUGACUAAAUAGAUUAAGUGGCAAGUUGCAUUGCUGAAUUUCGCGAGCUGCUUCCAAUGCCGUAAGCUUGAAUCAUAGGAGCGACU